GUAUGUACAAAUGCUUGAUUUUAUUGUCCCAAUUCGGUCCUAAUUAGAGACGGUGAUAAACAUAUUCAAAUACUUUUUAGCGGUAAUAACAAUUAUGGUCACUGAAUUUAUGUUUAUUACGAUAAUUCGAUAAUAGAGAAUAAUUAGAACCGUCUUUUCAUAAAUUGAACUUAGGAACAUAAAAAUUAUAUUUUAAACUCUUGUUCUGUUUUUAAUACUUUGCACAGUAAUAAUAUUAACAGAGUUCUAUUAACACAAUAUUUAAAAAUUAAACAUUCUCUAAAUGACACUAGUGAAAAGAAAAUAAUUCGUACAACUGAUAAUAAUGUGAACAAAAUUUCACCACAUGAAUAUUUAAAAAUAAAGAAUUUUCUGAGGAAAGAAAAUGAUAAAAAGAUAAUUCGAGCAAUUAAAGAGAAGCAAAGAAAAAGGAAGGCAAGGCGCGAAGUUACAUAUGAACAGAAAAUAAUAAGACAGGAGAAUGAGAGAUUGAGAAAACGUAAUGGUAAUAAAACAGAAAUAAAAAAGAAAGAGCGCAAAAAAAAUUUGACAUGCAAAAAAAAAGAAAUUAUCUAUAAAAACUGAAGAUGAAAAGAAAAUACGCAAGGAUAAAAAUGUAGCAUGUAGGAAAAGCAAAAUAUCAAUGGAAACUCAAGAUGAAAAGAAAGUGCGUCAUGAAAAUAAUUUGUCAUGUAAGAAGAAAAAAUUUUCUACGGAAACGGAAGAUGAAAAGAAAGUGCGUCAAGAAAAGAAUUUGGCAUGUAAAAACGAUAAUUGGAAUAAAAAAACUGCAGGAGUUGCAAUAAUGUCUUUUAAAGAUUUCAAUGAAAGUAAAGUUCCACAGAAUUAUUUAGGUUUAAUAAAUGUAGAAUGUAAGUUUUGUAAUGCGUUACAUUUUUUGUGUGAAAGACCGUCACAUAGAUCAUAUAGAUACAUCACCGAGGAAUGUCCCCGUGAAGAGGACAUUAUGAUAUCGCCUGAAUGUCACAAAAAUAUUGCCGCUUGAUAUCAGCUUGACAUUCGAGCAAUAUUCCUUGCUACUUGGGUGGUAGA